AUGAGCCUGCUGUCGACCACAUGCUGCCGGUUGGUCGUCCUAAUCGUCGGCGCACUGUUCCCGGCGUACGCUUCCUGCAAGGCCGUGCAGUCGAGGAACGCGAGGGAAUACGUCCACUGGAUGAUGUACUGGAUUGUGCUCGCUUCUCUGCUCACCCUGGAGCCCAUCGUAGACAGCAUAUUUGCGAGGGGCCUGCCCUUCUACAACCAACUGAAGAUCGGCGUUGUCCUUUGGUUGCAGUCAUCGACGAGCAAGGGAGCCAGCCUUAUAUUUCGCAAGGCCAUCUUGCCGCAGUUCAAGCGCCGCGAGGCCGAAAUUGACGUUUAUCUUGAUAAGGUUAAAGUAGAAGCUGAACGCGUGGGAUCCACCACAGCCAAGUACGUCACACAUGUUGUCGUACGCUACGUGAUGAAGCACAUAAGAGAGAAUUACGGUAUCACUGAGCUCGUUGUUAGCGAUAUGAAGACCAUCAGCGACCAGAGUGAGGUGUCCUCGCCCAGAGAUCUCUAA